AUGGACACGGUUGACAAUGGCGGCCGUAGUCAGGCCAUCCUGAUCGUCACCGCAAUCUUCCUCGGGAUUUCCCUGGUGGCAGUUUGUUUGAGAUGUUUCGUUCGUACACGCUUGGUGCGGGCGUUUGGUUGGGAUGACAUUGUGAUGGUGGUUGCCAUGGUUCUGAAUCUGGCAUUCGCCAUUUGUGGAAUCAUAGGCGCCAAAAAUGGCAUGGGGAGGAAGUUGGCCCAUUUCGUGACAAGCCCUCCCACAAUCGGCGCAGAAAAUUUCCGACGAGCGCUUUUGUGCUGGUGGCUGGGCCAAGUCUUCUAUGUAACGACCUGCGUUGUCGCCAAGAUCUCCAUCAUAAUCACUCUCCUCCGCAUCACAGUGGACCGUGUUCACGCCUGGAUCCUAUACGCUGCUCUCUAUCUGGCCACCGCCGUCGGUCUGCUCUUCUUCUUCUUCACCAUCUUCCAAUGCCAUCCCGUGAAUCUAUUCUGGAACCGUUUGAGCGAGCGAGGCACCUGCGUCGACACCCAGAUUCUCAUAGACAUCGCUUAUGUGUACAGCGUGGGAACGGCCGUAACGGACCUGACCAUUGCUCUUCUACCUAUUGCUUUGAUUUGGAAUCUGCGCAUGAAGCGUCGUACCAAGGCUGCCGUUGCUGGGAUUCUGGGAAUCGGUUGUCUUGCGAGCGCGGCGGUAAUUGUCCGCAUACCGUUCGUUAAGCAUUACCAAGACAAAGAAUUCUUGUACAAUACCUACCAAAUCUCCAUUUGGUCCAACGUGGAAGCUGGGCUCGGAAUCACCGCCGGGUCCUUGACCACCCUCCGUCCCCUCGGUCGAUUCUUCAAAGGCGGCUCAUCAGGUUCACAUAGCCACUCCCAAAAUCGUACCUCGUAUCCCCUAUCCAGCUCUAUGGAACGAGGCGGGUACCGAGCGAACUCGAAGCGCGGCGACCAGGAGCGUGGCCAUAAAAUUUGGGCUGGUAGUGAGGUGGAUGAUUACCAUGGAGUGACAACGACUAUCAUGAGCAGUCAUCGGCCAAACCCCAGCAGCAGUGAAGAAGACCUCAAUCCAAAAGAUGACCGAUGGAGAAUGCGCGAUUGA